GAUCUUGCCGGUGGAGUUUAGAAAAAUUAACAGAAUAUUUGCUAAAAAAGAAGAUUAAUAAGAACCCAAAAGUGAGAAAAAGUAAAUGGCAUAUGCAUCCAUUGAAUGAUGAGCAAAAACUUUAUGCUGCAACAGAUGCUUAUGUUUCCUGGCUCUUACAUAUAACUAUACAAAAACAGGCAGAUUCAAAAGAGAUACAGAAUAAAGAACAUUGACAUUGUCCCGCUAUGUCUACAAAAAUAGUUAAAGUUUUGUGGGCAGGUAGAUUAAGUUACAGUUCUGGACUUAAGCUACAAAUGAUAUUAUCUAAUCAACACCACCAAAAGCUGGCAAAUGAUAAUUGCAAUACAUUGAUAUUGCUUGAGCAUGAUCCAGUAUAUACAGUUGGAAUUAGAGAUAAAGAAUAUACAGUAAAAGAUGAAGAGAGAUUAAAAAGUUUAGGUGCAGAAUUUUUCAGAACUAAUCGAGGUGGCCUUAUAACUUUUCAUGGACCUGGACAAUUAGUGGCAUAUCCCAUAUUAAAUUUAAAGCAAUUUAAAACCAGCAUUAAAUGGUAUGUCUGCCAAAUAGAGAAAAUGAUUAUUCGCUUAUGUGCAGAAUAUGGCAUUAAAGGUGAAACGUCCCCAAACACCGGUGUAUGGGUAAAUGACAAAAAAAUUUGUGCCAUUGGUGUUCAUGGAAGUCGUUAUAUAACGACACAUGGUUUGGCUCUAAAUUGUAAUACAGACUUAAGUUGGUUUAAUCAUAUCGUACCUUGCGGUGUCGAAGGAAAAGGUGUAACAAGUAUUAGUCAAGAGCUUAAUGCAAAUUUAACUAUUCAAGAUGUGCUACCACUGUUUCAGAAUGCUUUUAAAGAUCAGUUUCAAUGUACAUUAAUUGAAUACUCGGUAGAAGAAUCUUAUCAAUUGUUCAAGCUUCUUAACGAGGAUAAGUGUGUGCAAAAGACUUGAAAAAAAUAGAAUGUAUUAAUUUUAAUAAAUUUGUAUAUUUUUAAUGUUUUAUA